ACAGACCUACCUCUGGCCCUGCGUGGGUGGUGCAGCCUAUCUUCAAUCACUAAGAACUGGUUCUUUCAAAGCAUGUAUUUUCUGAAGAAACUUUAGAACCACGUUUAUUUUAAAAGAACGAACUGGAGAAAACAAAUAGACUGAUGCUCACAGCUUCUUGGGUGCUUUCUCACGGGUAAAGCCAUGGCAUCGGUACCUUCCAUUGGUUGCCUUCUAGCCAGAAAUCAGUAUUAUCGAAAGUCCAGUGUUUCUUCAGUUAGUUCUUUAACUGGCUCUGAUUCUGUCAACUUCAUAGAUGAUGACAAACCACAGCAAGGGUUGCCUGAAGUGGCAGAAUCCACCUGGUGGUUUAAAUCCUUUUUCCAUUCUGAACCUGUGCUUUCAAAUAUGAGAAUAAAAGAUCUGUCUGCUACUGGGUCGCUGUCAGGAAGAUCAUAGCACCCUUUCCAGUUCAAUCACUCAAGAAUGGUGGAGAAGUCAUAAGCCAAACUGUGUCAUUGUUUGGCGGGGGAUGGACUGAGAAUCAGAGGAAAGGGUCUAAAUUUGUUUUGCUCAUACCUUCAGGAAAAGAAUAACCAUUGUCUAGUUGUUGUCUUAGAUAACCUUAGGAUAACACUGCUGAUUUUGAUUAGCUUCUGUGUGGUGCAAAUUACUAGACAGGUUGAAUUGGGAGUUUGUGUGCAGUUGUUUUCAGACAUUUUGAGCUAAAACACACUGACUAGCACAGUUGUUAUUUAAUAUAUUUAAACUACUUAUUUUGGAUUUUAGACAUUUGAAUACCUAGUAACUAAAUGGAAUAGAAAUAAUCUAUAAUAAAGGGAUUCAUAGAUGCCAAUGUUGAAAUAUAGUGAUUUUGAUGAAUUUUCCAUCUAAGACAAAUUUAGAAUCAUUAUUUAAAAUAUUUUAAAAAGCCAAUGCAAGGCGAAUUGUUGGAAAGAUAUUUUCUUGACACUCUUUAUCAAGUUUAUUCAUUUGAAUUAUCUGGAGAGUGUUUCAUUUAUUUAUCCCCUCCUCUCUGACUACUAUAAAGUCAACCCAGAUUACAGAUGAGCACUUUGUAGCUGAUCAUCUUUGCACUGCCAUUUGAUGAACAUGUUGGUAACGGUUGCCUGCCUUAUGUAGCAUGAACAGUUGAUUCUGACAAUCAAGAUCCUCUGCCUGCUGCAGUGGUCCAUACAUGAACGGCUUCCCUUCAGCGCCCCAGCUACUCCAGGACUCUUCUCCAUUGUAAGAAGACAAAAAUGUGUCUGAGAUCUCAUUUAUGAGACAAGAUAGCAGCAGCCACUGAUACAACAAAAGUUUAGGCAUUUUUCUCAACACAGACUAUCACUGCAAGUGGCACUUGCUACCUGGUGCAUCUUUGAAAAGUGUGCCUUUAGAAACAAGACACCCUUUUAAAGUAAUAUGUCUUCAAAUGUUGUGAUUUAGAUAAAGUAGCUCUUUCAUUACUUAUAUAAUUUUUAUUAAAAAAACUUAAGUUAGACUGUUUGUAUGUCUGUUGAGUGAUUUAUUUAUUAUGCCUUAAAACUGAUGUGUCAAUGUUUCACAUAAUGGUUUAAAGGGCAUUGAAUUCGGAAUUUUAGAAAAGAAUUCUAAGAAUUCAAUUUUUUUUAAAUAAUGAAGGUUGGAAAUAGCAUAUGUAUCAUUAAGUACAUUACCUGUUAAAUAGAUUACCAUAGAGCUAAUCAAUUGGUCAUUGUAUAGACUUUAAAAUUCAUGACUUUAAAUAAUAUUUAAUAACAUGGAAAAGUAUAUUAUGGCAUUAAAAAUUUGCAUAAUACACCAUAUAUGGUACAAUCAUAGUUGUAUUAAAAAGUCACAUAUGCAUAAAGAUAGACUGGAAGGAACUAUACCCAAAUGCUGACAGAGCUAUUUCUGGAGAUUGGAUUAUGGGCGUUUUUCAUUCUCUUUUUAAUACAUUUUUCCGUAUCUGCAAAUUUUUCUAAUAUGACAAGUAUUGUGUAUAAUUAGAAAAUAAUAAAUAUUAAUAUAAAAA